AUGGUCUUUGGAACUCUCUUUACUACGGAUGAAAAUUCCCGCUCAAUCGCAAUCAAGAUCCUCGCCAAGGCUAACAAUCUUGAUCUGAACAUCAUUCAGGCCAACCUUGGCAAUGCUACACCAGAGCACUUGGCGGUGAAUAAACUUGGAAAAAUACCAACCUUCGUUGACAAUGAUGGUUUUAUUCUGUCGGAGUGUACAGCUGUGGCAAUUUAUAUUGCAUUGCAGGACGACAAGACGACUCUUUUUGGAACCGGCAAGAAGGACUAUGCAUCUAUUUUAAGAUGGAUGUCCUUCUUCAACACCGAAGUUCUAAUCCCAUUCGCAGGCUGGUUGCGUCCUCUGCUUGGCAAAGAACCAUAUGAGAAAAGUAGUGUUGAUAAGUGCCAAGUGGCCGCUCUAAGAGCAGUUAAAACCGUGGAAGAGUUUCUCGAAAAUCGGGCAUUCCUGGUUGGCGAUAAGUUCACUUUAGCUGACCUCUUCUGUGCCAGCCUUCUAGCGAGAGGCUUUCAAUUCUUCUUUGGCACGCAAUGGCGCCUUGAACACCCAAAUGUUACCCGCUGGUACGAUCAUGUCACAGACCAGGAGAUUUACACUGCCGUUGUUCCCAAGCAAGAAUUUCUGGAGCAGCCAAUUCUCCAAAAUGGUGCCCCAAUCGCCAUAUUCGUCGCCAAAUUCGCCGCUGAACAGGUCAAGGCCGUCGCGUCAUCGGGAUAG